CCUCUGGUGUGGUGGAGCUUGUCUGUGGGACCAGAGGAGAUAAGGUCUGCUGAGACCAGGCUCCUGGAGAAGACUUUCCCAGACCGAACCGAGGAGCAGGUCCGUGAGCAGCAGAGCUUCCUGUGGAAGUUCACCUCCUCCCCAGCCUUCCAGCAUAMAUCCAGGCUGGGCUCGUACCGCUUCACCUUCCCCCUGGAGGAGGUGCUGAGUGCCUACAGCCAGCAGUUCUGCCGUGGUGCUCCGCCUGUCAUGCGGGUUUACAGGACGAUGCUGUUCAAACAGGAAGUGGUUCAUGUUGUUCUGGUCCACAGUCCAGACAAUCAGACCUUCUCUGAUUAUCCUCUGCUGACAGACGACCCGAACGCUGUCUGUGUUUACAGAGACGGUCGUUUCAUCUGGAGACCAGAGGCCAUGAGUGAUACUCUCUGGUAUGAGCUGGACCUCAGACCUGAUCAGAAGCAGAUGGAAGCUGUUGAAGUUUGGGAUCAUCAGUUUUUUGUUUGGAAUCAUGUCGCCAUCGCCCUGCAUGUGGAGAAACCAAAGAAGCCGCUGAAGUUUGAUGAUGAAAAACUACGAAAAAACCUCAAGUUCUGUGAAAAAGUAAUGCUGAAUAAGAGGAAGAACAACCGUGAAGAUAAACCUGGAGACACUUUCGACGAAGCCAAUCAGAACGUCAGGGACCUGUGGCCAGGUUGGAACGGUCCUCUGGAGGCGGAGCUUCCACUUCAGCAGAGUUUCACAGGUCCUCAACACCCACCUGGACCAGGAGGACCCUCAGCAGACCUGGGACCAGGUCUGGGAUCUGAGUUACUGAAGCUGGAUCUGAGUUACUGAAGAUGACUGUUUACUGACCCAGGAUGAAGAACCCAGAUCCAACAGAACCGCUUAACGUCCAGAAGACAUCUGCUGAGCUUCAAUCAAAACACAAGAUUCAAUAUGUUACCUGUUACCUGCUGGUCCUGGUCCACUGUUCUGGUCCUGGUCCACUGUUCUGGU